ACUGCAGAAUUGUACAUUCAUCGAGAUCGCUGUAUUUUUCGGACCUUUUUGUUAGCGUUCGAGAUUUCGUGGACGACUCUAUCGACGGUGUUGAACUUUGAGUAGAUUCGUUUCAUCGAAAUCCUUCGUUCGAUUUUGGAAGUCGGCGUAUUAUUAAUCAGCGCGUUUAUCAGUCCGCCUUUCAAGCACUAAUAAUCAGACAUUUUCGGCACAUGAAUGUGCAAAACUGAGUUGAUUUCAAGCUGUGUAAACUCCAUUGGAAUCGCAUGAGAACAAACGAGUGCUCAACAAAAUCGGCAGUCUUGUAUUUUUUUGCGGAGCUCUCUGUUGAAAUUUAAAUUGAUGCGCCACUUGGAGCUUGAGGAAAUUCAUUAACAGAUGACCUAACACUAGAAAAAACUCGCUUAAGGUGCACGGGAAGAGCUGGAGGAUAAUCAUGGCCAAGUUUUUGGACAAAGAUCCUUUCAGUUACGAACGGGAGAAAAGGGAAUUUCUCCAUGCACUUCGACAGUAUCAUGCUACAAAAGGGGUACAGCCGGCUAUGUUCCGGAUGCCCAAAGUGUCUGGCAGAGACUUGGAUUUGUACCUGCUCUAUUGCAAAGUUGUUUCGCUCGGAGGAGUUGUGAAGGUAACCAAUGAACAUAAAUGGGAUAUCGUUAGCGAGGUAUUAGGGUUUCCUCCUGGUUGCAGUCAGAUUGGCUAUGUCAUUAGACAACACUAUCUCAGGUCUAUGCCUUAACUGAAGGAGAAUCUUCGCUACUUUCAUACUGACUGAGAGAAUAAUAGGCCCUGCUGAUAACAAAAGAACCCCUGACCCAUUUCACAGCACAGUGAAGGCCGCCUUGCUGGGCCCUAUAGGGGGCUCCUAGACAAAGAAUGAGGAAAAGAUAACAAAAGGAUGAUGAGUAACAAAGCAAAUGGAAGAUCUUAUAGGCCUCACUCCUUUAAACUGGUCUUUUGUUGUAUCAUUCGAAAACACAUGCACAUACGUACAGUAGUUGUCCUUCAUAGUACAUGAUGAAUUAUGGUCAACCAAUUGUAAUAUUUUCUCCUCAAAUCGAAUGAUCUUUUGAACUUGAAAGACAAAAUGCUUGGUGAAUGCUACAUGCACGUGUUGUUUUUUUAUUGGAUUUUAAUGGUGCUCUCAUUAAUAAAAGAAAAUACAUGAAUGUGGUUAUGCGCCAAUCAGAAUUACAUGUACCAUUUUUAUUAUUUUCAGUAUUAAAGUUUAGCCUUAUGUAUUUUAUUUUUAAGAGAUGUUUUUGCCUGCCUUGACUGCCUUCAUUGAUGAUCUUUGAAGGGUUUGAAUUUGGUUCUGAUAUAAAAAAAAUGGAUUACUGUGUGGUUACUACAUUUGACAGGCAUGGUUGGGUUGCAAAUAAAUAUCUG